AUGCGCUCGCGGCAACGCGACGCGCAGCUUCUGAGGCCUGAGAAGCGCCGAGGUCGUCGGGGCAGGAGCCUGCUCGGGCGCUCCGACGCUCCGCCCCCGAGGCUCCGCCCAGGCGCGUGGGGAUGGCGGCUGCCCGCGGGUUUGGGCUGUGAGGACUCGAGCAGCUGGGCCGCCAUCCUAGGGUACCACGGGGAAGUGCUGCGGGCGCGCGCGAGCCCCCAGCGGCGGCUGGAAACCCUGGAGCGAUGGUAUCGAGAGGAGUUGCCCGCAGCCAUCGAGGGCCGGGCGGAGAAGCACGUGACACGCGACGAGCUGGAGCAGUUGCUGGCGUGGAAACUGGCGAGGGGCCGCUUUCGGCCGCGCCUGCAGCAGCUCUUGACCACCAACUCCCCGGAGCUGGUGGUGCAGCGCUCGGCCGCCGCCUUCCGUCUCCUGCCAGACGUGAACGCAGCGGUCACGGAAUUGUGCGCCCUCCGGGGCGUGGGCCCGGCUAUCACCUCGCUCCUGGCUGCCAGAGCUCUCGAGGUAGCAGCCUUCAUGUCUGAGGAGGCAGUGGCCGCAGUGCCUGGUCUGCCAGCCCUGCAGUACACCCUGAAGCACUACCUGCUCUAUCUGGGCCGGGUGCAGGAGCGUGCCACAGCCCUGAGUCAAGGUGCAAUCUCAGGGCUGUGGACUCCUCACCGUGUGGAGACAGCACUGUGGAUCUGGGCUGUAGGGCAGAAGCUAUGCCCUGACCUGCUGCCUGACCUCGGUCCCAGCCUGGCCACCCCUGAGGACACCAGGCCAGCCAAGAAGCACAGGACCCAGGCCUACUGA